AUAUUACCACACGUAUCCAUCCCGGUCGCUGGAUCCUGGCUUCACUUUUUCUUCUUCUUCUUCUUCUUCUUUUUUUUUAAUCACCCCGUUUCUUCCAUUCCUCCCAUCCUGUCCCCCCUCACCUCACAGUUCAGCAUCCUCUCCUCCUUAGGUCCUUCAGCUUGCCUCGCCAACUUUUUCCAUCCCACUCACUCUCCUCCAUCCCUUUCUCCCCCCCCCCACCCCUGGUUCCCAGUCCUGGUUCGGGUUUAUUUUUCUCCCACCUGCCUCGGAUCGGCCCAGUUCGCCCGGGCCACUGCUUCAUGGGGCGCACCGUGUCGCUCGGAAAAUGCUCCGCCGUCGGGCUCUAGGCGCCCCGCUGAACCUGUCGGGAUCAGAGCUGCUGCGCGCCGUUUCCCCGCCUCGCCCGUGCUGCGGCCGGGGCCAGUGAGAGAGAUGGGUCCGUCCGUGGCUGCGCAGGCUCGGCCGCACCAACGGGGAGGCACGGCGGCGUCUCUCACGGGAGGCUGGAUCCGGAUCACCAUCGUUUCCUUCCUCGCCACUUUACCUGUGGAGCAGCUGCGCGCCUUCCCGUCCUCCCUCAGCGACUGCCAGACUCCGACCGGCUGGAACUGCUCCGGUUUUGAUGACCGGGACACGGACCUGUUCUUGUGCGACACCAACACCUGCAAGUUUGAUGGGGAGUGCCUAAGAAUUGGGAAUAUGGUGACGUGUAUUUGUGACUUUAAGUGCAACAAUGACUAUGCCCCAGUGUGCGGCUCCAACAACAAGAACUACCAGAAUGAGUGUUUCCUCCGCAGAGACGCCUGCAAGCUGCAGUCUGAAGUCCUUAUUAUGUCAGAAGGAGACUGUCCUGCCGAUGCCGGAUCGGGAUCGGGAGACGAUGGAGGCGAGGGUUCAGCCGAGACGGGUCAGAAGGAGACGUCCACCUGUGACAUCUGCCAGUUCGGAGCAGAGUGCGAUGUGGACGCCGAGGACGUCUGGUGCGUCUGCAACAUCGACUGCUCUCAUAUCAGCUUCAACCCGGUGUGUGCCUCUGACGGGCGCUCCUACGACAACCCCUGCCAGGUGAAAGAGGCGUCCUGUCAGAAGCAGGAGCGCAUCGAAGUCAAGUACCUGGGCCGCUGCCAAGGUGACAUCACAACCGGGAACAAAGGAGAUGGACACUUUGCACAAAGCGGCCCCACUGGUGAUGAGGACUCAGGGAAAGGAGUGGCCCGCAUUUACACCCCCUGUCCAGAUCACUACAAGAACUACUGCGUCCACGGGGACUGUCAGUUCCUCAACAUGCUCUCCCAGCCGUCCUGCAGAUGUCACUCAGGCUUCAUGGGCCCCAAGUGUGACAUCAAAGAGUACAACGUGCUGUAUGUGGUGCCAGGCUCUGGAAAACUGCACUACGUCCUGAUCGCCUCUAUCAUUGGAGCCCUGCAGGUGGUCAUCAUCUGCGUGGUGGUGCUCUGCAUUACCAGGAAGUGCCCACGGACCAACAGGAUCAACCGGCAGAAGCAGAACAAUGUCCACUUCAGUUCUGAGAACACCAUGCGCGCCUCCACUCGUCUUAUCUGAGCCCAGAUUCGCCGGACAGAGCGCCCCCCUCACGCAGCGGCGCGCCGUGGCGUUAGAUGUUCCCCUCGUAGGCCAACCCUGACAGUUAGCGUCCGCCUCCCUUCACUUGACUCCCCCUCUCCUACCUACUAACGACCACAGAGGACGGUGGCAUUACAAAAUCAGAGCUGGCACAGCAGUAAGCAGUGAGACUUGCACGUUGAGAUGAUGUUCUGAUCAUCGGACGCCGUCGCUGCCUACCUUCCAGUUGCCGGCGUGUCUCCUUUUUUCUGAGGAUUUUUUUUCUGAAAAACUGAACUGGAAGGAAGGAGAGAGGGGGGAGGCGUCCAGGACACUGAAUGUGAGUGUGUGAGUGUCUUAUUAGAUGUGUGCGCUUUGGUAGAGGCCGACUAGCUGGCGUCUGUUCUUUGUAGACGAGGGGUAAAAGCAAACUGGGGGUAGUGCAAAGCAGGGUACCGGGCUUUAAUAAUCGCAGUGUGUGUUUAGUCUGGGAGGGGGGAGGGAGGGGUUUCGGGGCUACACGUGAUGCCUUGCACCUUGUGUUAUAGGAGACCUUUGACAGAGGGCACAACGUUAUUAUAGAGCUCUCUGUUCGGUUGUGACUACGACGUCAGCUACUGUAUGUUGAGUUCUAUUUCCAAUAGUUAUUACGACAUUGUCUUGAUGGGGUCCGUUUUUUCUGUAAAUGUAAAUAAAUAAUUUAUAUCACGAAAUCUUAAA